AUGUCCACCCCAGCCUCCGUUUGCACAAUCUGCCAAAAUCCAGACAGUAGUAAGAGAUGCAGCGCUUGCAAAGUCACUCGCUACUGUAGUCACGAAUGCCAGAAGAAGGGCUGGCCUCUUCACAAGCCCGUCUGCAAGUUCCUGCAGAACCACCCGCCUGACUCGGAGCCGCAAGAAAUCGAAGGCGUCAAGAUACACUCACCGCAUACCCGAUAUGAGAGCGUAAAGUUAUCAUCCAAGCAUCCUGUGUUCGGGACGAAGGCGCUGCCGAUUACGGUCAAGUUCGAACUCCCGCUUGUCAUGUAUAGAGAGAUGGAGGGCUUACCACGAGGACAGGAGACGGAUAAUCAGCACGCAACCUGGUUGAACAUCGACCCACAAAGUGGUUUCGCUCCGCCUCAUUGGCAAGGCGGCAUUGGCACCGUCGUUGUCGCUUCCGCAGAUGGCAAGCCGUUGACCGUUGCGACCCUUUCUGCCGUCACCGACUACGUUAGUCUUAUCCUGGAUAAGUUUGGAGAUGGAGCAGGAGCCCCGACAGCCAUGUACUCCCGGGCGAAGCUGGACUCCUGCCUUCUGAACGAGGCCAGAAUAGGUUUGAUGUGUUCUUCCAGUAAGCGAGAGGCGUUUACAUGCAUCCCAGACGACGAGAGCUCCCCGCGUUCAGGACACAGCACAAGUAAUUGCUCUGAGAAGCAAAGAUUAUUCUCAUCCGAACGCAAGUCUAUAAAGCCACCUCCUGAGCAACUAGAAGCUGGGGAUUAUGAAAUUAGUACUGCACUGUGCAACCAGGCCGUAGAGCAUUUCGAUCAUGUCCCAUUGAAGCCAGUGCAUGUCUACAAAGACGCUCAGGCGAACCCAACCGAAUUACGGCACCUGCAAGAGGGAACGGCCGGUGAUAGUAGAGUUCUGCAGGAGGAGAGUGGUGAGCACAGUAGGGGUAUUCAUCCAGGACAACUACUCAAUAUCACCAUCACCAUCGCUAUCAUCGAAAAAGAAAAAAAAUUCGAUAACAGAGAAUAUGAAAAAUUACCCAACGGCUUCAACGACGACAUUGGUCGCCCUCCUAUCACAAAGGUUACAAUCCAGAGCAUCGACCAUUUCCCUCGCGGUGUUCCCGUAAAAGGGUUUCUUUACAAGUGCUGUAUACUAUUUAGUACUUUAGCAUGGAAAUUUAAACACCUGAUGAGUGCUGCAGAUGAUCAAAGCUCAAAAUGUUGUCGCUCAUUUAGUGAAUCCUUGAUCUGCUUCUCACCUUUCGACGUUGGAGCUGUAAAGGCCCAGAACCGAGAUGAGAGACGGUUCACAACGCAGAGAGAAUCGACAACUAACAUAAGAUUUGAUGGCAGAGGGAAAGAAGCUGCGGAUAGUAACCCGCUAUAUGCCGCGAUUUAUUUCACAAAUGAGUUCUUUACACGAUAG